UAAAUCAUAUCGAAGGAAACGAAGACUUUCAUUGAAACCCCUCUCCCUUUUUCAGUUGUGCAAUAUAUCGAAUAUGAUGGAUUCUUGUCCAAUAAAAUUACAGUCUAGGUUUUGCAGAACGUUCUGCAUUAUAUCAAGCCCAAUGAAAUAGGAUAAGGUGUCUCUUCAAAAAGGCAAAUUCAAACAAUUAUGAAUAUUUAAACAUUGAAUUUCUAUUAGCCUUCGUGUUUAACAUUAGUUAAAAUCCAUUUGCAGUGUAAAAUUGAACAGCACACAUUAUGUUUGUUCAUAGAAUGUAAACAACGUUAAAAUAUUUAAUUUUUAAAUGGACAAUAGUAUGAUGUUACCAAUGAGGAGUUAUUACGAUGUUUAUGAAGAUAUGAUGAGGAAAGCUUCCGUCACUCGAAUACUGCAAAGACUAAAGAUUUUCAUUGGAAUACUCAUCUGUAUAGCUAUAACUCUACUUCUUUUGAUUAUAUCAUCGAUUCUAAGAUUCAACUGGAAGGUUAAAAUGUCAGAGGCACCAAGACAAUUGAGUGUACAUCCACUAUCAGAGACAACUGUAAACGGUAUACCUCUAAUCAUACACCAAACGUGGAAAUCUAAAAAUGUUCCAGACAAAUGGAAAGACGCUCAAGCCUCUUGGACAAAUCAAUCGGUGAUAUAUCCAUUAAAACGAAAAUACAACGAGUUCGUGUAUAUGUUAUGGACCGAUAAAAUGUUAGACACUUUCAUAAAGGAGAAGUAUCCAUGGUUUUACAAUGCGUUCCAUAGUUAUCAUUUUCCUAUUUCACGGACAGACGCGGGAAGAUAUUUUUUGUUAUACCAUUAUGGUGGAGUUUAUUCCGAUUUGGAUAUAGGUUGUAAUAAUCAAUCGAUAAGAAAGAUAUUGUCAAGUAUAGAAGGUCAUGAAGGGGUCGGGGUCAUGGAAGUUAGACCAUACGGAUUUUCUUUAGAGGUGUUGAUUUCUGCGAAAGGUCAUCCAUUUAUGAAAUCAGUGAUAUCUGGUUUGAUACCAGCUCAAGCAAGACAUCCAAUCCCAUACCUAACAGUGCUGCUAUCUGCAGGUCCAUUAUAUUUCACCGCAAAAUAUGGAUUAUACAAAAAUAAGCAUGAAAUACAUAUUGUGAGUCCUGCGUUGUAUGAAGGGAAAUAUUUUAAACAUUAUCACGGUGGAAGCUGGCAUAGCUGGGAUGGAGAAUUAAUUUGGUGGUUUUAUAACCACGGACCAUUAUUUUUAAAAUUGAUAAUAUUAGCAGUAAUAAUUUUUAUAGUGGUGACGUUAAAAAAUAAUAACACAUCUGUUGGAAAACGAAGAAAUAGUCAUAUAUCAUAAUUACACCGAUAUAAAGAA